ACGAGUUCGAUUUGACAUAAGUCAUAUGAUCGUUUAACAGAGUCGAUCGAGUUUCGUCGAGUUUUAAUCGUAAUAAUGGGUGCAGCUGCUUUACCUUUUAUCAUUUUUACCGCCCUUUGGGGUGCUGUGGGUAUCGUUUUACCGUUUUUCGUACCUCGCGGGCCGAAUAGAGGGGUUAUCCAAGUCGUUUUGAUUCUAACUGCGGUCACAUGCUGGUUAUUCUGGUUAUGUUGUUAUAUGGCACAAAUGAAUCCAUUGAUUGGACCUAAAUUAGAUAGUCACAUUUUGAUGUUAAUGGCUAGAGAAUGGGGUAACGAGUUGAUAACUAAUUAAAUUAUAUAAUUAAAAUUGAUUAAUUUUGUUGUAAAUACUUUAUUAGUGUCCUUAUAAAUGCAUUAUGUCAUCUUUUUAAUUGUAAUAGUCGAAAAAUUAUGUAUUAUAUUAAUUCAUUCUGAAUAAUUAAUCCCUGUAAUAAAAAAGUUAUUAGUUUUAA